GUGAAAAACUCUUGUCAAUGUAGACAUAGCCCCAGGAUACAGGCAGGCAUCAGGGCUCCAGCAGGUCCUUGGGUUCAGUCAGAUCCUUCCCUGCAGGCCCAGAGCCCAGCAUAGGCCUCCAUAGGCUGGUUAGCAGGUCUAACCAAGUCUCUGUGGCAGAGCACUCUGGACAGACCUCUACCUCCCAUUCUCAGCCUGGCUCUUUCUAGUCCUAACCCUUCCCACUGACUUCUGGUCAGGUGAUAGGGAGGGGCUAGGCUGUGCCUAAAAUGGCUCCCAGAGGGUAGUGGGUGGCUUUGCCACCCCCACUACAAUCCUAUACUAAUAAACCAAGCCCUGUGCUACCGGUCAUUGCAUUAUCUAUCUUUUACCCAAGUGGUCUACAAAGUCAAACAGCCUGCCUGGCUGCCACUAGCACUGAUGGCUGGCUUCUCUGUCUCACUGGUCAACUAGGCCAAACAGUUGCCACUGACGCCCUAGCACCACUGAACUAUGCUGAUGUGUGCACAUCUGGAGAGAGAGAGAGUUGGCUUCUGCUCCAGAUGGCCUACAAGGCCAAACAGCCUGCUAGCUGUCAUCCUAGCACUGCUGGGUUGUGCUGAUGAUAUGCACACAGAGAGCCCUGAGGGACGGGUGAGCACCCCCUAAAAACUCUCUGGUUGCUGGGCUGAUUAGAGUCACGUGUCUGUUGCUGGGCAGACUAGAGUCACAUGCCUAAUUUUCCCUGCCACUGUUUUCCUCCUGAUAGGAGAUGGUGACCAAGGUACUGGCUGCCAUUUUAGAGGGAGAGAAAACAAGAUGGAGGACAAAGGAAACAACAUGGUGAACAUAGAAAGGAAAACCUCAGCACUCUUCCCCAAGAGCCGGAGAUUUCCAUCUCCAAUAGUUCUUGGACUUGGGCAGAUGGUAGUCACGAUAAUUAUUCUGUAUGUGUCAAAAUUAAGCAAGAUUAUUCACUUCCCUGACUUAAACAGAAGUAUCCCUGUGAAGUUAUUUCCUCUGCCUCUGCUUUAUGUUGGAAAUCACGUUAGUGGAUUAUCAAGCACCAGCAAACUAAGUUUGCCGAUGUUUACAGUGCUCAGGAAGUUCACCAUUCCACUUACACUGCUGCUGGAAAUCAUCAUACUUGGGAAACGAUAUUCCCUGGGUAUUAUUAUCAGUGUAUUUACCAUCAUUCUUGGGGCUUUCAUAGCUGCUGGAUCAGAUCUUUCUUUUAAUUUGGAAGGCUACAUCUUUGUGUUGCUAAAUGAUAUCUUCUCAGCAGCAAAUGGAGUAUACACUAAACAGAAAAUAGAUCCAAAGGAGCUGGGAAAAUACGGAGUCCUUUUCUAUAAUGCUGCUUUUAUGCUGAUACCCACAAUGAUUAUUAGCUUCUUCACUGGAGACCUUCAGAAGGCUAGAGAUUUCACUCAUUGGACCAAUUUUUUAUUUCUAUUUCAAUUUCUUCUGUCCUGCUUCUUGGGGUUUCUCUUAAUGUAUUCUACAGUCCUGUGCAGCCACUACAAUUCUGCUCUUACCACAUCAGUGGUUGGUGCAAUCAAGAAUAUAUCCAUUGCUUACAUUGGAAUGUUUGUUGGUGGAGACUACGUAUUCUCGAUAUUAAACUUUAUAGGACUAAAUAUCUGCAUGGCAGGAGGACUGCGAUACUCAUGUUUAAUAUUACAGGAAUACAAUAAGCCCGAGCAGCCUACAGUUGAAGAAAACCUAUGUCCUGAUGCAAAGAGCGAGCAGAAAUGAAUUAACAUGAAAGGCAAUGAAGAUUCAAGCUCUCUAAACAGCACUAUCAUAAAGUUAAUCAAGCACUGGCAGUUAGAAUAUAACUGAAAUGAGAAGAAGCUACCUCAGUUUCCUUUGUGUACACAUCUUAAAGGCUCAGAAGAUCUUAUAAAUAGCAUUACAACUUAUUUUUGUUUUAUUCUUUUACACCAACAUCAACUUUUUAUAUGGAAACAUCUGUACAAACUAAUUGGCUAGCUGUGACUGUCUUUAUUCUUCACGUCAUAGAUAAUAUUUGAAUUUGAUAAUAUUUGUAUUGAGCAAACCUUAAAUUUCUUACUCAGUCUUUCCAAGGCAAAGCUCCCCCGGAAGACACUGUGGACUCGAACAAUUUCUGUACUGUACCUUGCAGACCUGUUUGCACUACAGAAAGGGUUUACAAUGCUACCAAAUCAAAAUGUUUUUACACCCUCUUUGCACUACAGGUUGAAAUUCUCUUAACUGGGAUUCUCUGGUCCACUCUGGAGGUUUCAGGACCAGAGAGUCCCAGUGGAGGGCUAGCACUUGGGAGCUCUGUAAGCUGGCAGGGUAGUGGGGCUUCCCAGCAGGGGUCGUGGGAGACCAAUGGGUGGCAGCAGGAGCACAGCGUAGCGGCUGCAGGGCUAAAUGGAGCAGCACUGAGAGUUCAGUGUGUGAAGGCAGCAGGGCUGCUGGGCGAUUAAAAACCAAGGCUGCCCAGACCCAGCUGACUCGGGCUCAGACUAAGGGGCUGUUUAACUGUGAGAUAGGCAUUGACCAGGGGUGGUCAUUUCUGGCCCUCCUGCUGCCAGCCCCCUCCAGCCCUGACCCAACCGCUGAGCAGAGGCUGUGGGGCUGCCUGCUAGGGCAGCAGAGCCUGACAGGGCAGUGGGGCCACUAAGGGGGGAACCAACUGGAUGGGCAGCGGUCGGGUCAGGGCUGGAGGGGGCUGGCAGCAGGAGGGCCAGAAAUGACCACCCCUGGUCAAUGCCUAUCUCACAAACAGCCCCUUAGUCUGAGCUCUGUGAGCCCAAAUCAACUGGCUCUGGGCAGCCAUUGGUUUUUAAUUGCAAUGUAGACAUACUCCAGAAGUCCCAGAGUGUGCCUUGGUGUUCUACUACUUGAAAGCAUGUUCGUCACUUUCGCAUUCUGGUUUUUAUGAACUUAAACAAUUCUGCUAAACCAGGCUCUGUCUACACUACGGGGCUUUAUUGGAAAAAGGUAGGCAAAUUGCGCUCUACAAUUUUUCCCAUAGUUUUUUCAGAAGAGGCUUUUCUGAAAUUAGGCACCUCUACACUGGGCCCUACACAAUUUCAGAAAAAAUUCCUCUUUCAGAAGAUCCCUUCUUCCUUGUAGGAGGAAGAAGACAGGGCUUCCGAAAGAGCGUGUCUGCUGUUGGGCCAAAAAAAGCGGAAGAGCAGAUGCGUUUCCUGGACACGGUGGAGCUUUUCAUCUCGGAAAAAUCCCAUAGUCUAGACAUAGCCUCAGAGAUAUACUUUACUUUUAAAAAAAAAUUGUUUACAUUUUAAAAACGUUAGGCAUGUUUCUGUUCAUGUUGUCUAGUAAAACUCCCUUUCCCCACCACUGCCCCCAAAAAUCUAAAUUUUGGGCCUCAAUCUCCUGGCCAUUCAUCUUUAAGCAAGUGGGCAAGAUGGCAGAAUGGCUUUCACUGAUCUCAGAAGAGCAGAUAUACAGCAAUUGUGCUACUGAAAUGAGGCUCACUUAGAAAAUAACUCACACAGAAAUACAACUAUGUUGGUAUGUAGAUUAAUUCUGCAAUACUUUUUGCUGUAUCCUUGUAAAUAAAGAAAUGCAAUGAUUUUUAA